AAUAAAAUUUCAAUUUUCGCCGCACAAUUAGGCGGCCAGUGAUAGUCACGUACUUGCUGAUUCAUUUCGAAUAGCUUGUGGGUGAAUACGCUUCAAUUGUGUGCUAAUCUCGGCUCGAAAUGCACCCAGUUUGGAUUUUGUGCGGCGUCAUUGCCACCAUUUAUGCCCUUUUGAAGCACUACCUCAAAUCCACGGUGUGGUGCCGCAGCAAAACGUGUCUAGUUGGCAAAACCGCGGUCGUCACAGGCGCAAACACUGGGAUUGGUUACGAGACGGCGCUAGAUUUCGCCAAAAGGGGCGCCCGCGUGAUUCUGGCUUGCCGGGACCAGCAGAAAGCCGACGCUGCUAAAACCCGAAUCGUUCAAGAAACGGGGAAUGGGGACAUUGUGGUGAAAAUCGUCGAUUUUGCCUCGUUUGAUUCAGUCCGAGCGUUUGCACAAAACGUAAAAGAGACGGAACAGCGUCUCGAUAUCCUGGUCAACAAUGCCGGAGCUUCCGGAAUUCCGGACAAAAAAAGCAAAGACGGGCUGAACCUUUUAAUGCAAGUCAACUACUUCUCCAGUUUCCUGCUCACGAACCUCCUCAUCGACUUGCUCAAAAAAUCAGAGCCCAGUCGCGUAGUUAACGUGUCUUCUUUGGCCGCGAAAUACGCACGCUUCGAUCUGGAAGACUUGAACCGAUUCACCGGAAUGCACACGGAUUAUGCCAACAGCAAGCUUUGCAAUGUUUUGUUCACGAUGGAACUGGCGGAAAAGCUGCAAGGGACGAGGGUUACGACCUUUUCGCUGCAUCCCGGAGUCGUGGACACGGAAAUCUUCCGGAGGAUUAAGGGACAACACAAGGCCGUGUUUGAGUUUUUCAGGGAUCAUUUUUUCAGGACGAGCGAGGAAGGGGCACAAACUACGAUCUAUUGCUCGGUUGAGAGGAAUAUUGAGGAUUUGAGUGGCGAACAUUUCGAUAAUUGUGAAAGAGUUGAGCCUUACAAGACCUCGCAGGUGAAAGGGUUGGCUAAGAAGCUGUGGGAGAAGUCGGAGAAGUUUGUCGAGUUGAAGCCCGAAGAAGUGCACUUUUGAUAUAAUAAAGUUGCAAAAAUCGUG